CUGAACGGGAGGAAAAAGAAAAUCGUCCCUCUCUCUCUCGUGUAUCGAAGAGAAAAAAAAAAAGAAGUGGUCCAUCUGCUUUCUCGACUUGCGGAUUUAGUCAUAUCACUCCGCGGACGAAAUUAGCCUGCGAGGGUACUGCCGCUUGCUGAGUGAAACUUAUACCUUACCAAUAUUAGUAGCCGACAAGACGCAGGAGAUUUGCCAGCUACUGCAGGGACAAGUGUGUUAUGUUUAUUUCUCUGAAUCUGGGAUUAUACUGAACUGGGACUGCUUGCCAGAGCAGGAAAUCCUGAGUGAACGGAGAUUUAAAAAAAUUAGCUUCCAGCCCUAGGAGCAAGUCAAGGAGCAACUAAUAUCAGACUAUUAGGAACGACAACUUGAUCUUGACACACUUACACUCGCUCGCCUCCAUUCCAACAAGGAGUUCUCUUCAUUACGGUUCAUAUCGACAAAAUAUUCCCCCCCCCCCCGCACAUUUUUUUUUUAUUCUCCCCUCCCUUUCUAAACUCAUUGUACCCUUCCAGCUCCUUGAUUCCACUUGUAUCCUUAUGACAAUAUUCAAGUUAUUCCCUCCCUGCCAGAGAAAAUUACCCGAGAAAGUUGCUCCCCCUUGCCACCACUGGGGGAAACUGAAGCGUCAUUUAUCACGAGGAGAGAGCGAGGGUCUUCAUCAGAGAGACAGGAUUAAUACUGUGUGAGAACUUUUCCCCCUCAUUGAGCGCCUCCUCUCCCCUCCUCCUCCUCUCUCUCACGCCCAGAAAUCCCCACCUCGUUCAAUUUCUGCUUAAUGAUUCCGAAGAGCUCCAGAUUUCGAUACCCCGUUAAUUUUUGGGCGAAAUAAAUGUGUGGUGCUGUCUUGAUGAAGUAAUCUAUCUUUAAAACUGAGACACGCUGAUUGGGUCGUACCCGUUUAACCCUCCAGGUGUGACAUACUGGUUGCGACUUACUGGUUGCGGCAUACUGGUUGCGGCAUACUGGUUGCGGCAUACUGGUUGCGGCAUACUGGUUGCGGCAUACUAGUUACAAGAUUCUCGUCUCAACGUAUGAAACAGUUACAGAUCAACAAAAGAUCAACAAAUUUUCAUCCAUAUCUGUCUGCUCAGCCUAGCGUGUCAUCAACUCGAUUGUUAGUGUUUAAUUUUCUAUGGAUUGCUUUGACAAGGUUUAUUUAUGCUGGUUGUUAACACAUUAAUGAACUAAGCCAAUCACCUUUGACCCGUACAUUUACAUCUCAGAUGGCGUUCUCAAGCCGGGUCGCCAUCCUACUCCUGGAUAUUAUCCUGGGAUGAACAUCAUGACAUCAUGAUGUCUGCUACUGCUAUCCCCGUCUUCUGUGACGCCUUUAGCUGCAGUGGCCCCGUUUCGCCCAUCAAGAGCUUCACCCACUCUCCCUUCUGCGCAUCCUUGGACGACACUUCAGGGACGAGGCCGCCUGAGAAUCUUGCACGCCCGUACGGCGCUCCCAGCCUCGACGCAGGCAUGACGAUAGAAAGGGUUGCCCCUCGCUCGGGCUCUAGAGAAUAUGGAGAUCCUGUGCCUCGUAGAGACUGUGAACUAGAGAUGACCGCUAGCCCACACCAAGAGGUGACCACCGCCUCAGCCGUCAGCCCCGCACUGGAUUCGCCCAUGAUACAAACGCAUCCUUACAUAAACUGCUCGGGUGGAGAUCGGGUGUCGCAAGGGUACGGUGCCCACCGUUACGACAGAAUGUCUACACCCCUUAGUUAUCACGGAGCUGUGGACGGUCUAGACUCGAAUGGUCACUCCAAUCACGUUGAAAUGCACGGACAGAUGAUGACCAAUAAUGGAGUGGCCGAGCUGGAUUUCGGUUGGAUCGACAAGAAGAACGGGAUGCUUGAAACAAGCAAAAACGAGGAAUCGAACCCCGUCAAUAUACAGCAACAGUGUAUUUCAACAGGGAUAUCUAUGACAAGUUAUCUCAGCGAAGACGACAGUGCACCUCCAAACCAAGCCGCCAACACAUCCGGCAACAGCACCAGCAGCGCCACCGGCAGCCGCCGACUCCGCACAGCGUACACCAACAACCAGCUGCUGGAGCUGGAGAAAGAGUUUCACUUCAACAAAUACCUGUGCCGCCCCAGACGGAUAGAAAUAGCCGCCUCCCUUGACUUAACAGAGCGGCAGGUGAAGGUCUGGUUCCAGAACAGGCGCAUGAAAUAUAAGCGUCAGUCCAAUGGCAGCAAGGGAAAAGGCGGAUCCCGAGACAGCGACAUGGAGGACGGAGAGACCAACGACAGCAGCAACAUCGAGGGGGAGGACGCCGCCCCUGUCCACGCGAGUGAUCUUCAGAACGGCGAGGUGAAGGUCGAGAAGGAGAACGGUGUUGAGGACAAUGUCAAGGUCAACGAAUCGGUCAAUUCCGAAAAGGCGAUGUCCAAGAAAGAAAGCGUGAUUUGCAAGCUUGACCCCGAGGCAGAAAAGAGAAUUGUUUCGGUGGUAGAUAACUUCUUAGAACUUAAGAGCCCCAAACUCUUCGACUGUUCACUCCAGCCUUGCUCUAGAAAAAGGAAGCAUCCUUCAAGCAAAGGAAGCAAGGAUGUAAAGCAAGGACCAGCGGAGUUAAACAUCCAGGUAGAGACUGGGCAGCCGUCCCCCAGCCCCCAAAUCUCCACCCACAGCAACGCCUCUUCACAUGAUUCUGGUCUGUGCUCGCCCGAGAGUCUUCACAGCAACACCAGCCCAGCCCCCUCCCACAUUUACCAGAAUCACCAACAUCACGGCACCCAGCCCAGCAUUGGAGUAUGUUCCGAAAGGACAUGCCCUCCGCCAAAACAAAAUAACGGGACUCUUCAAGUAAAAUGUGAGAUUCCCUCUAGGUAUGAUCAGCAGAGCGUGUCUGUGAGCGGAAAAAGGAGAAAGGCUCAAAGCUCCAACGCGUCUGCCAACAGACAGGCGCCGACAGACUUUACGCACAAACAGAAAGGCAGAUCUGAAAAGAAGAUGCACUCCCCAUUCACACUGCAGUCGCAACCAGGGUUUCAGGACCCGUCAUACGAUCUAAGAUCAUUAGAUCAGUAUCCGGACUGCUCCCAGCAGUUCCGGCCUGGAAGAACAGCGUACGAAAGCGAUCCUCUCCGCGGGCAGAGUGAUCUAUUCUCAGCCUCCCACAUCACUACAUCAAGAUCGGACUCGGCCCCCUUCUCGGGCACAGAUGCACAUCGGCGUAGCCCCAUCCUGCGUCAAUCGUGCGCCGCCGCCGGGACGACUUCCGCCAGUCUUCACGACUUCUCCAUGACUUUGUCGCCCGGCGACUCGAGAAAUUUGCAUACGUCGAGUCAAGGUGGAAGCUUCUAUUAUCAGCAGGGCUAUCCAGGCUAUUCAAACACGUAUUCUGGGUUCAGCAGCGGAACAGCGAUACGCAAUCCCACGUACAAUGGCGGGAACAUUGACAUACCAAGAACUGUGUAUUCACCGGCAGACAAUGCAGAGAUUGACCAGGGUGAGCACUAUCAGAGCUACAGGGACACUAAUGCUAUUUAUUACAACAACAGCACACUCUCGUGCGACGGGGGCGGCCAAAACAACAAUCGCCUCAGCGGCGCAGACAGCGGCCUGGGCCUUCAGCAGCACGUGUCGACUUUCGACGUCGGCUAUUUUAAGCCUGACUCUCGGCACACAACGGCGCCCUCGCGCUCCCCUCAGCCUCCUUGCUACACCAACAAUGCCGCCGCCCCGAGCGCAGUGGACGCCCCCCUGUACCAGGCCCCGCUACAAGACAGAUUAGUUCAAACGCACGUGCGCCAUCCGAUUUCCGUGGGCGUGGACGUGGCGCCUAGUUACCAUAACAACAAGAAUAUGGCGUCGAUGAAAAGCGAUCCUUCAAACCAUGUCUAUCAGUACGGGGCAGGAUUUAAUCCGCGAUCAUUCGUCGCCUAUUCGAGUGCGGACAAUAGCGGACUCGCUGGCACAUCCAACGAGAACAACAAUGGCUACCAGGGCCACCAAAAGAGGUCGCCAGGCAACGUCAAACAACAACAGGGUAAGGAUGUAGGAAUAAACAUGGCCGUUCACAACCCGGACAAUAACUCUACUUCCGGUCAAUGUAGACUUGUCUCCCCAUCCUGUCAAGCCAACGCUCGGGACAGCAUGACCGAUUCUGUGAAACAAAACAUGAUGAGCAAAGCAGCGGACUUCGUGUCCGGACAGCUGUCCGGUCCGCCAUAUGUUCAUUCGUCCUUUUCAGUCGCCAGCGGCAACUACUACAACAAGGACGGCUACUCAGACUGGUACGCCCCUUCCAAAUGCACCUAUGCAGGGGACCCGGGGUACAACAUGGAAGAUAGGGGAGACUACUUCAAGACAAUAGACUCGCCGGGCACUCACGGACAAUACGACAAACUCCAGACAGCUAUGUGCAGGCCCGCGGCUUAUGGAGACCCCGUCCUGUCUCCGCCACCGCUGUCAGGUUACGGCGGGUUCUACGGACCCUGCAGCACGCCGCCGGUGUCGACGCCCCGCGGUAACCCUUAUUACGCGGACGCUUACCACCUCGGUAACAACAACAACAGUAACAAUUUUUGUUCCAACAUUAUUGACGGCUACAGCAGUGGACCGGACUUUCAGAGCAUAGUUAACUUGUAGCUGCGGUCCGUUUUAUAAGACAUAUCUUCUCUUUGAGCUCGUCUCCGAGUCUAAUAGCUACCUAGCACAGUUAAUUAAUAGCUACCUAGCACAGUUAACUAAAAGCUACCUAGCACAGUUAACUAAUAUCUACCUAGCACAGUUAACUAAUAUCUACCUAGCACAGUUAACUAAUAGCUACCUCCUAGCUCUGUGAACUAAUAGCUACCUCCUAGCUCUGUGAACUAAUAGCUACGUAGUACUGUGGACUAUUAGCUACCUAGCACUGUGGGCUAAUAGCUACCUAGCACUGUGGGCUAAAAGCUACCUAGCACUAUGAACUAAUAGCUACGCAGCACUGUGGACUAUUAGCUACCUAGCAUUGUGGGUUAAUAGCUACCUAGCACUAUUGGCUAAUUGCUUCCUAGCACUGUAGAUUAAUAGCUAUCUAGCACUGUAAACUAACAGCUACCUAUCACGGUGGACUAUAUGGAUAUAAAGAUUUAUGUGAAAUAAAUAAUAUUGUUAGUAGACCAACAUGUUAGCCUACAGUUUUGAGGGAAUUUUCUUUGUUUGUUUUGUUGUUGUUGUUGUUUUGCUAAUAAUAAGGCAUUGUCUAUGGAUUUGAAGAUGAGGGAAUAGUUUAUUACCCUGUGUGUCUACGUAGACCAACUUGAGACCUAUAUUUGUCAGCUCUGAAUGUCUAAAUAGAAAUAAAUACAUUAAAAAAAAAAAGUUUGUCGUCCGUUUCCCAGUGUCUAGUCCAGAGCUACCUCUUACACUAGUUUAGUUUAAAUUAAAAUAAUGUUCACACUAAACAUCAUUUCAUGCAUAUGAUUAUUUAUAUCUGUUGAUGAUCGGUCGUUGACCCGUGGCACCAGUUUGCUAGUACAACUAAACCGAGGUUGGUGUAUUAUACUUUUAAAUUGUGGGACUUACAAUAACUUCAAAAAAAUUAAAUACAACUCGAUUAUUGAAAGCAAAACAUUUCUUGUGUACUAUCUGUAGUUUUUCACAAAGCAGGCGGUCCGUUUCAUAACACUAUUUAAUAAUGUCGACCCUGGGAAGGUACUGGGCUUUAUUCGGGAAGUGGGGCUAUCUACGAAGAUCUGAUUUCUGAAUUUGUGAACAUGCACUAUUUACAUUAGAUUUUUACCAAAUAUUUAAAUUUUUACUACCUUUACUAUUUUAACUGUGAAUAGACCUUGAUUUUAAUUAUAUGACUGUAUAGAAUCUGGCCCUUGUUGUUUAGAGAGAGAGUGGUCCUUGAGGGACUGCAGGCACGACAUGGCCUAAAUUGUGCCGAUGUGCCUCAAAUCAACAAAUCAAAUCAAAUCAACCGUUUCAUAAGUGUCUACAACAAGUCCCAAGUCUGAUCUGCCUUUUUUGGGUCCACAAAUAAUUUCCAACAAAUGUUAGGAAAGACUACACACUCGCGUCGAAACUUUUCAAAACAUAUACUCAUGGGCGCCAGAAGAACUCAAUGAAGUCCUGUAGGUCCGCUCUUGUCCUCUACUGUCCUCUCUACGAAAAGCCAUUCUGUUAAGUAAAAAGAUCACUAAGGAUACGAUAUCGGUAUAAUCUUAUUUUAUCCUUAGAAAUUGUGCAAACAUGUUAUUACAACAGACCAGCGUUGAAAAGUAUUUCGAGAUUUACUUUGCUCGAUACGAAUGGUAGCUGAUAACAAACAAACAAACAAACAAACACUUAUCUGCGUUCACUCGUUGGGGAAACGUAAAGGCGGUUGGUCGUUGUGCUGGCCACAUGGAACCCUCGUUAACCGUGAGCCGCAGAAACUGCCCUAUAGAUCGUAAGGUCUGUGUCACCGCGUUAUUUUGUAUACCAGUUACCCUCUGACAUUAUUUCAUGUCGCGAGUAGUCCCCCGAGUUUUCACUCGGACUCUAGUUGGACAUUUCCUUACGGCAGUAAAAGGACAUUGAAAACAGUUCAACACUGUUACAAAUGUUACACUCAAAGCAAAUGUUACACUAGAUUUGUUUUGUUUUUUAAAUACUAAAAGAAUAACAGGGAGGGAAGAGUAAGGUGGGGGAUAGAGGUUGGGGAGGGGGGUAGGAUUUAAGCCCCAGGAAGUAAUCCAUGAUUAAUUAGGCUGUGUAUGAAGGAAGACAGGAAGGAAGGGAUAUUGAAAGGGAUCGUACUAAACACACACACACACACCUACACACUGACAGACAUAACACAUACACACACACAUAUAUACACACACACAGUGUAAAUGACAAUCCGAUUGAUCGAUUCACGAUUCGAACUUAUAAACUCUAUAAGCUGGUGGCCUACCUGUGUUCUAUGUCCUGCGUUCUGUUUGCUCAUGGGUUUUCACGCGGACGUUACUGACCGUGUUGGGGGG